AUGCCGAACCACCGACCGGCGCGGCGCAACAAGCGCUUCCUGAAUAUUUAUCAUCCACCCAUCCAACCAUCCAUUCCUAUAAUCCAUCAGGAUCUUGAAGUUAAGCAAACGAACGGGCUUACUUACCUCACCACUUACUGGAUUGCUAUUUACCCCUCCCGUGUGAUGUGGGAUGUUAUUAUUGUGAUUUCAGUAAUGUUUGUUGAUGACGGGGAUGUCCGGUUGUACGAUAAGGCGAUAGUGGGUUACAUGGCCGAUGGACGUAAACAUGAAGAUUACAGUCACAGUCACUAUAUCCUAUCCGCCCUUGGCGGCGGAUUCGCCACCCCGAGAACCCCCGCCCGUGUAGGACGACUCCUGUAUGAGCCUAAGCGGUCGGUCGCUGCAUGGAACAACGGAGCGCAUGCCGAUAUUGAACGCUAUCGUAAGCCUGAUAGUCGUGGUCAGAUGGACAUGCGAGAAAAGGAUAACUAUGGUGUUGACAACAGUAAAUGA